AUGGAAGAGGGCCUCCCGGAGCAGGUGGGACCUGCUUUGCCAACAAGAGCGCCGGGAAUGGAACGAACCUCUGUGGAGACUCCCGAGCUGGAAGCGUUUCCGACGCCGACGCUCCUGACAUCCAAGAACUUGCAGGCUGCGGCUGUGGAGGGAGAGGCGCACAAGCUCGAGAUCCGUCAGGAGGUCAAAUCCCCGUCGGCACGCACAGGAAGCAGUGAUGCCACGAAUGGGGCAUCGCAGUUCACCUUCUGUGGAGUGGAUGUCACACCAGCCCUGCCCGUGGUGCUGCCAACUUCGACGGUCCUGUCUUCGAUGAUCACGUUCUUCCUUCUCUGGAAAUCUCACAUGGUCAUCAUGGCAAGCAUCUUUGCCGUCCUGUCGUUGGCCACUCAUACAUUCAUGGGGUACAGUGCCAUUGCAGAUCCGGGGCAGAUGGAGGAGGAUCCCGCGGAGGGUGGGGAGCUCCCACCACGUGCUCACAGGUCGUGGCUGUAUCCCAGGCCCAUCCUGAGGCACGAUCACUACUGUAAGUGGAUCCAUAAUGUGAUCGGCCUGAGAAAUCACCGUGCUUUCAUGGCGAUGCUGGUUGGUAUGGCCCUGCUCGGCAUGGCAGGCUUACUGGUGGAUGUGUGGUUUCUCGCGACCUUCCUUGUCAAGGGCGUGCAAGCCCAGCUGAUCCUGCUGCUAUGUUUGUUGCACGUGGGCUACAGCUUGAUCUUCCUGCGCCUGGAGCUGCAAGUCCUGUACAUUCAACUGGGCCUCGUCUCGAGGAACGAGUUGAACUCCGAGUGGAAGGAGGACAAGUUCUGGACCGCUCCAAGCGGAGUAUCUGCCAAAGACUUGGACGUCGAAGAGUACAAUGCCCUCUUGGACAACGAAGCGCUGGUGUACGAUGCAAGCAGGAACCGCUUCGACAAGGGACUGUUCAACAACUGCUGGGCAUUUUGGUGCCGCUCGCGCGAAACUGGCGACUGGUGA